GUUACCGAUAGACAGUAGACAAUUAUAACAACCGUGUAACAGUCAGUUCGACCGUUAAACAUUGUAAGACGUACUGCUGAAUUUGAACGUUUCGCCUUUCAGCCAUAACAUGUUUACCUUGGCUAAGCUUUCGUACAUCGUGUGCAAUGAGGACGAGAAGUUUUUUUACGACGAUCUAAAAACGGUGCCAAUUGAAGUGGAACAGUGUUGCACGGAUGUACUGAACUACAUCAAGAACCAAACAGCCGAGACGAGCAACGAGGCGACAAUUUUGCCCGAUGCAUCGAAAGACGGCGAUGGUUCUUCGCUGACGUCGUUGAUCGAGGAUGCGGCGUUCCACGGUCACUUGGAAUGUAUGCAAUUUGCCGAGAGGUGCCAUUUCCCAUGGACCGUCGACGUGUGCGAGCAAGCGGCGCACAACGGGCAUCUGGAGUGCUUAGCGUACGCGCACCGCCAGGGAUGCCCGUGGUCGGAGCAAACGUGCGAGAACGCCGCCGCGAACGGUCAGCUGGAGUGUUUAGCGUACGCGCACGAGAACGGAUGCUCGUGGGACGGGUCGGUGUGCACGAGUGCCGCGCAAAACGGUCGGCUGGAGUGUCUGAUGUACGCUCACCGGAAUGGUUGCCCGCUGGACGAGACCGUGUGCGAGCUGGCCGCGGCCGCCGGCCACCUGGAGGCGCUGAGGUACGCGCACGAGAACGGCGCUCCGUGGGAUGCGGUCACUUGCCGUGACGCUGCUUUCCGCGGCCAGCUGGAGUGUUUGCGGUACGCGCACGAGCACGGGUGCCCGUGGGACGCUGACACGUGCGAGUACGCGGUCGAAGGCGGUCACUUGGAGUGUUUGCGGUACGCGCACGAGCACGGGUGCCCGUGGGACGCGGCCACGUGCGAGGCGGCGGCCCGCGGCGGCCACGCGGAGUGUCUGCAAUACGCGCACCAGAACGGCUGCCCGUGGGACGAGAGCACGUGCAGCGCCGCCGCGACCAAUGGCCGCACCGCGUGCUUGAAAUACGCGUUGGACAACGGUUGCGCGUGGGACGCGGAAAUAUGCCGCGACGCCGCUGCCUCCGGGCGCCUGGAGUGUUUGCAAUACGCGCACGAUCACGGAUGCUCGUGGGACGCGUACACGUGCGACGCUGCGGCGCGCGGCGGUCACAUCCGGUGUCUGAGGUACGCGCACGAACACGGCUGCCCGUGGGACGAGUUCACGUGCGACAGCGCCGCGGACAACGGCCGUGUGGAAUGCCUCAUGUACGCGUUGGACAACGGUUGCGCGUGGGCCACGGCCCCGUGCCCGACGGCCGCCGAGAAGGAGCGCAUCGAGCGCUCGAAGCGCGUCCGCGAUGAAAUUAUUUCGUGGCACGGUGGAGUAGCACCGCGUGGUGACGCGCUUGUUGGGAGUGUUGUUUUAUUUUCGAAUUCGAGGUCGAGAUCGAUCGCUCCUGUGCACUGGGAAUUGUUAGCGUCCCGGUGUAACGUUUAAAACGAAUACGAUCAGCGAUUGUGUUUUGUUCGU